UCGCUAAAUCGACAUUUUUGAUCGUACAAUUAUUAAAAAAAAGUCUCCCCCGUUCUUUGUACUUCUGCAGAUUCCUUAAACGAAUGGUCCUUCUUCGAUCAUUUUCAUCUCGCCAUUGAUAUCAAAUUAUCAAUCCCUUUUCUAGGGUUUCUUCCCCUUGCACACUUACCAUCUCUGGUUUCAGGUCUUACAACUCGGUUGAGCGAUUCUGAUAAUUCUAGGGUUUCUUCAAGGUCAGUCGAGCAAUUCUCCGGAUUGUAGGGUUUGUUUACAGGGUUUCAAUUCCGACACAAUAAGAACUGAAGUUCAUCGAGACAAAUGGGUUAAAACAUUCAUCCAAGUUACAAACCUAAUCACCAAUUUCAACAAUGGAGGACGGAGAACUCGAUUUCUCAACCCAAGAAAUGUUUCCACCUCCAAACAUCGGUGACAUUCCCAGCAAUGAUUCAAUGGACAGUUUCUUUGAUGACAUUUUCAAGGACACACAUGCAUGCACCCACACCCACACAUGCAACCCACCAGGCCCUGAUUCCUCCCACACCCACACCUGCUACCACGUCCACACCAAAAUCGUUCCCGCCAUUAGUGGAGAUGAUGACAAAACCCCAACAGAUGACACUGCAGAGUCAGCAGAAAAGAAAGGUAAAAAACGACCUAUAGGAAACCGUGAAGCUGUAAGAAAAUAUCGGGAAAAAAAGAAAGCACGUGCUGCUUCUUUGGAAGAUGAAGUGGUUAGAUUAAGAGCUUUGAAUCAACAGUUAAUGAAGAGGAUUCAGAGUCAAGCAGGAUUGGAAGGUGAGGUGGCAAGAUUGAAGUGUUUGCUUGUGGAUAUUAGAGGGAGAAUUGAAGGUGAAAUCGGGUCUUUUCCUUAUCAGAAGCAGAAUCUAGUUGGGAAUAAUGUGGGGAGUGUUAAUUUGGGUGGUGGGUAUGUGAUGAAUCCUUGUAAUAUGCAAUGUGGGGAUCAGGUUUAUUGCCUUCAUCCUGAUGGAAAAAGUGCAGAAGAUGCUUCAAUACAUGAUCCAGGUGUUAAUGGGUGUGAGUUUGAGAAUUUGCAAUGUUUGGGGAACCAAAAUUCGUUGCUGAAUGGACUUCCAGGGUGUGGAAAUGAAGAUGGUUUUCCUGUAGCCAAUCCGAAUCCGCCAGGUGGACGAACUAAACGAAAAGGUUCUCGUACAGCAGUGUCCAAAUGAAGUGAUCUGCCAUUGUUUCUGUGUUAAUGGUUUUUGAAGUUGGAUUGUUCUCUAUUAGUUGGGUUUAUGAGUAGUAGGAUCGUUUUUGUUCUGUUUAGUCAAACAUAAUGGAAGAAAAUGCUUCUUGAUGUGUCAUGUGCUUAAAUAAUGUUUUUGUGAAAUUAAAAUGUUUUCUCUUA